UCUAUUGGCUCUCUUCUAAACCCAUUUUGGCCUAUAAAUACUUACAAUUACUAACUUUCAUUUCACCAUCUUUAUAUACAAUGUUGCACCAAAUCUUCGCCUUCAUUUGCUAUUAGCAUGUUCAAGCAAAUGGCGCAACGCUUCCACGAAAUUCUCAUACUUUUCUUCCUAGCAAUCUUCUCCAAGGCGGCUGCCUUUAACAAGCCUUAUAAUUCUCGGGCAAACCUGUCGCCUCCGGUCGACGGAGCGGCUGCUUAUAGUUAUUGCCUGAGCUGGAGGCUAGCCGUGGAGGCUAACAAUGUGCGUAUGUGGCGGACAGUUCCGGCUCAAUGUUUACGCUACAUUGAGACGUAUAUGACCGGCGGCCAGUAUGAAAGGGACGUUGAGAUGGUUGUAGAACAAAUUUUGAGUUAUGUGAGUGAGAUUGAAUUAUCUGAUGAUGGAAUGGAUGGUUGGAUUCUGGAUGUUGAUGAUACUUGUAUCUCUAAUGUCUUCUACUAUAAAGCGAAAAGAUACGGAUGUGAUCCAUAUGAUCCAGCUGGUUUCAAGGCAUGGGCAAUGAAGGGAGGCUGUCCAGCUAUUCCUGCUAUUCUUCAACUCUUCAGGCACCUGCUUGAUUCUGGCUUUAAGGUCUUCCUUGUCACAGGCAGAGACCAACAAAAUUUUGGUCAAGUGACUACUGAUAAUUUGCGCAUUCAAGGCUUUAAUGGCUACGAACGACUAAUUUUAAGGGGUGUGGAGCACAAAGGACAAGGUGCUAUUGCAUACAAAUCUAGUGUUAGAAAACAAUUAGUAGAAGAAGGUUACAGAAUAUGGGGGAAUGUGGGUGAUCAGUGGAGUGAUCUACAAGGAGAUUUUGUUGGCAACAGAACUUUUAAGCUUCCUAAUCCAAUGUACUUUGUCCCCUGAAUUUACUAAUCUUGUGAUAAACCUGUCAUUGUUUAAGUUAAUAAACAAAAUCAAGCAUGUGAAGCCAUAUUAGUAGUUAAUAAACAAAAUUUGCAGAUUCA